CAGAAAUCAUCUAUGAUAAACUUCAGGUUUCGGUGUCUUCAUCAGUCUUAUAAUAUUCGCCAGAGUUUUGGGUUAAUUUAGAAGAGUUAAUAUUCUUUAAUAUAAUAUUUUUAACAACGAUUUUGUCAGGCUCCUCGAGAACAUGGCAUUUCUUUGUAGACGAGCAGUUUCUCAGAUAGUUAAACGCUGUUUGCAAACAUCUUGUAAAUUAGGAAAAAAAUUGAAAUCACUCGAACAUGGUGCUGGUAUUUGUGGAAAGGAGAAGUACGAAAACACGAAUUUAGAGACAGGAUAUGAUGAUCCAUUUGACACAUUACCCAAAAAAUUUGGACCAGGAACUAAAGAAUGUCCGAAUUUAGUUGGUAGCUUUUUUGAGAGUCGUUUAGUUGGAUGUAUUUGUAAUGACGAAGAAUUCGAUAUUAAUUGGAUGUGGCUUCAUAAAGGCGAACCAAGACGUUGCGAAUGUGGUCAUUGGUUUAAACUUAUUGAACGCGAAUAUACGUCACUUAAGUCGCCAGAUACAACAGAAUCACAAGGUUAAUACAUUAACAUUAGAUAAUCAUAAAUAUUUAGGAAGAAGAGGAAGUAUUUACAAUGCACAUCUGCUCAUCAUUCUUGUUAAAAAGGAUAUUAAUUUAGUAUUUUCCUAUAAAUUAUGGAAAUAAAAUGUAUGUAAUCCCUCU